AUGGCGACUCAAAUGAGCAAAAAGAGAAAGUUUGUUGCUGAUGGGGUUUUCUUUGCGGAGCUGAAUGAGGUUUUGACUCGUGAGCUGGCCGAGGACGGAUAUUCUGGGGUCGAGGUCAGGGUUACUCCCGUGAGGACUGAGAUUAUCAUCCGCGCUACUCGCACGCAGAAUGUUCUCGGUGAGAAAGGGAGGAGAAUCAGGGAGCUCACUUCUGUGGUGCAGAAGAGGUUUAAGUUUCCCGAGAACAGCGUGGAAUUGUAUGCUGAGAAGGUUAACAACAGGGGUCUUUGCGCCAUUGCCCAGGCCGAGUCCCUUCGUUACAAACUUCUUGGUGGCCUUGCUGUCAGAAGGGCUUGCUAUGGUGUUUUGAGGUAUGUUAUGGAAAAUGGGGCCAAGGGAUGUGAGGUGAUCGUUAGUGGCAAACUGAGGGCCCAGCGUGCCAAGGCCAUGAAGUUCAAGGACGGGUACAUGAUUUCUUCUGGCCAGCCCGUGAAAGAGUACAUCGACUCUGCUGUUAGGCACGUCCUGCUCAGACAGGGGGUACUUGGUAUCAAGGUCAAGAUCAUGCUCGACUGGGAUCCCAAAGGGAAGCAAGGCCCCACAACUCCUCUUCCGGAUCUCGUCACAAUUCACCCUCCGAAGGAAGAGGAAUUCAUUAGGCCAGCAGCUAUUGUGCCGACUGAAGUCGAGGUGCAAGCAUAG